ACAAAGUAUAAAUGCAAGCGCUCGAUACUCGACAAUUGCAUAUCAACCAAAAAAUGAGGUUCCUAACAGGCCUGAUUCUAAGCUGUCUCCUAUCGCUAAGUCUAGCCGAUGGUUCGAUCAAUCCGAGAAGAUUCCCCAAAACCCUGCGCAUAGGCGUAGCCAACGCGGCGCCCCAAAUCGAAGGGGCUUGGGACGAGGACGGCAAAGGCGAGACCAUAUGGGACCGCUUCGCCCACAAACACCCCGAGAAAUUCGUCGACAGAUCCACCCCGGACAUCGCCUGCGACUCCUACCGCAAAUACAAAGAAGACAUAGCCCUGGUCAAAGCCAUGGGCUUGGAUCACUACAGGUUGUCCAUCGCUUGGUCGCGAGUACUACCCACCGGCUACACCGAUAAAGUCAACAAGGCCGGCGUGGAGUACUACAAAAACGUGUUCAAAGAGCUCAAAGCGAACAACAUCAAACCGAUGGUGACCAUCUACCACUGGGACCUCCCGCAGCCGUUGCAGGACCAAAUGAACGGCUGGCUGAACGAGUCCAUCGUCGAUGUAUUCGGCGACUACGCCAAAUUCGUGUUCGAAACCUUCGGCGACGACGCCGACUGGUGGAUCACCAUCAACGAGCCCAAGCAGGUGUGCCAGGCCGGCUACGGUUCGGGCGUCUUCGCCCCGGGCAUCGUCUCCAACGGCGUAUUGGACUACGUGUGCACCAAGCACGUGCUGCUGGCGCAUGCGCGCGCCUGGCACAUCUACAACGAACAAUUCAGAGCUAAGAAUAAGGGACAAGUGGCUAUGGUGAUAGAUUCGACUUGGUACGAACCUGGAAGCGAUAGAGAUGAAGACAAAGCGGCUGCUGAGAGAGCCAUACAAUUCGAUUUGGGAAUCUACGGGAAUCCGUUGUUCAACGGGGACUGGCCGGAGAUAGUGAAGCAACGCGUGGCGGAUCGAAGCGAACGCGAAGGAUUCAACACCUCUCGCCUGCCGGAAUUCACGAAAGAGCAAAUCGACUACAUCAAAGGCACCUCCGAUUACUUGGCUAUCAAUCACUAUUCGACGUUGUUGACCUAUCACGCGCCCGACGCUCCCAUCGGGACGCCGAGCUUCGAUAAAGACAAGAGCGUCGCGCUGUCGCACCGGUCGGAUUGGACGCAGGGAAGCGCCGAUUGGUUUUUCGACGUCCCGUGGGGCUUGAGGAACCUGCUGAACUGGCUGAAGAACACCUACAACAAUCCUGAAAUAGUGAUAACCGAAAACGGGUUCUCCGAUACGACAGGGACGUUGGAGGACGAGAAUCGCAUUGUUUAUUUGCGGGGUCAUUUGAGCGCUUGUUUGGACGCCAUUUUCGCCGAUAAAGUCAAUUUGACCGGGUACACGGUUUGGAGUAUCAUGGACGAUUGGGAAUGGACCGGAGGAUACACAUCGUUUUUGGGCAUGUACAGGGUGAAUUUCACCGAUCCGGCCAGGCCGAGGAUAAAGAGGAAAUCCGCCGAUUACUUCACGGGUAUCAUGAAGGCGCGCUGUUUGGUAGACGAGAGCAAAUGCGUGGAAUAAAAUUAAUAUAAAUAAAGCAUUUCGUUGUAUCCCUUAUAACACACUAUCCCGGUCGGA